AUGUCUGACUCUACUGUGCUACGGAACUUCAGUCUGCGAAACGUCAGCUCAAACAGGCCCCAGGUAUAUCGAACAGAGUCGGCACAGUCAGCUACCGUACAGUCAGUCGCUACAUCAGAAGACUACUUCUCUUUCUCAGAUCGAGCUUCAAGUCUAGACAGCCAAGUCACUGCAAUGCAGUUCGCAACCCCAGGGUCACAUGCCUCUUCUGGGGCAUCUUCACCAACUAUUCCUCGAAUGCUACAGCCAAACGUGAUUCGACAGGAACUACCAACAGAAGUAUCAACUCCCGCACGCCCGACUACUUCUAGCACAGUUCGCUUUGGACAGGACCAGAUUGCGAAGAUCAGCCCAAAGUCUGACGAAACAGUUCGACGUGUCCCGAGUGACCAUGCCAGUCCAGCGCCAACGCCAGGGUUGGACGACUCUCCAUACGUGCGUUUUGCAAUUGACCAACUGACUCGGGAUGAAAGCGGCCAUGGGCCGACAAGACAGGACUCAGUCUCGACCAAGGAUGAUGACUAUCCUAUCGACCGUUUAGUGUGGGACGAGGGACUGGGAUAUUUUACUCGCACUCGCACACCUAUUCGGUACUUGGAGACACCGCAGAGGCCUAUUCGCAAUACUCCAUCACCCCAGGCCUUGCCACAAAGACCUGACUCAGUCGACCCGGAAAGCUUUGUGGCGGUCGACCCUCCCGAAAAAAGCCUGAUAUACCCUGCUUUGGACUAUUUGCCAGUGGUCCUUCGGCCUUGGGCUCUGGGUGUUGGUAUUUUCUGCUGCCUUCUCAUGAUCGCCGGUGUCGUGUUCUGCAACGUUUGGUCUCGUCGCCAUGAUGGAAUUUGGUUAUAUGACGGGACUGAUACUUCGAGGUAUUUUGUAAUGCAGUUUCUUCCUCAAAUCCUCUCUGCGCCAAUAAUUAUCUGGACUUUUGUGGUUCAAGCCGCAGUAUACCGCAUAUCACCUUUUGCAAUUAUGGCGGCCGAGCGCAAUCAUGGCCACGUUCUACAGGGUCUGCCUAUUAUCUCGAAAAACUUCAUCAUACCUGACUUUUCCCAUUUUCGAUAUGGAGAGCCCCUGAUUGGGUUUACUCUUUUCACAAUCUGGCUGUCCAACUUCUUUGCGAUUCCCCUUCUGAGCUGCCUUUUUCAAGCCAAGUUUUACGUCGUUGACGGCCAGGGUCUGUGGAAGUGGUCUUCGGUGCAGGCGAUCGGCUGGACUUUGGUGGCGAUGUAUGGUCUUUUGGCUAUCGGUCUGCUGCUACUCCUGGUCCGAUUUAUUCGUGGAUUGACGGGCUUGAUGUGGGAUCCGGUCUCCAUUGCAGACCUGAUUUCUAUCAUCCAGAGAUCCAACGUCCUCCAUGAUUACGAGCACUCUGAGACUGUUCCAUCUGUGCGGGAAACGCUUGAUCCUCGUGUACUCCGCAUCGGCUAUUGGAAACUAUCCAUGAAACGUGAUAUCUUUUACGGCAUAGGCGAGAUGGAUGCUUCCAUUCGCACACCAUCACUUCACCAGACAGAGAAAGUCAGGGACCAGCCUCAGGGACUAGCCAAAGUCAAGUUUGAUCUUGAAAAUAACGGUACAUAUGCCAACAAUCCUCUUGACGAGCACCUCUACUCCAGCUUCACUCGAUACCGCUGGACACCCUGGUUCCUACGCAGAGCCACCGUGAUAAUCUGGGUCCUCAUCCUGCUUGCUCUUUUCAUCGCAUUCGUUGUGGUCAGCUUCGUCAACCACGCAAUUGAAGAUGGCUUCGCUCCCAGACUGCCAACUCUCCCAUCAGUUAGCGCAUUCUCCGCAUCGAACUUCCUCUACAGCUUCAUCCCCGCGCUGAUUGGAAACUUCCUAUUCCUAGCCUGGCAGCCGAUAGACACCUACUUCCGGGCCCUGCAGCCCUUUGUCGAGCUCUCAUCCCCUCAAGGAGCCCCAGCAGAGACCAGCAUCCUCCUCACCUAUCCCUCCUCCCUCCCAGUUCAAAUCACAAUCCAAGCUAUCAUCAACGGCCAUUUGAAAGUCGCAUGGCUCUCCUUUAUGAGCCUAAUCACCAUCGCCAUUCCCAUUCUCGCCGGCGGUAUCUUUAUCGCACUUUCAUACGGCCAGAAUGUAAUCCGCAUCUCCGCCGUCCUGCCAGCAUACUACACCCUGAUCGCAUUCUGCGCUCUAUACGCUCUAUCCUUCAUGGCUACUUGGCCCGGUCGCCACCGCUACCUUCCGCAUGACAUCAGCACGCUCGCAGAUCUAGUGAGCUUCCUCUAUCAAUCCCCUCUACUCGCAGACAAGCUACUUCGUGAGCCGCGAAGCAAAACAGACCUCGUCACCCGUCUCAUCAUCGCCCCUCCCUCUGAGCGCUUGUUCCCAUCUUACGGCUUCGGUAUCUACGUGGGCCGGGAUGGUCGAGAGCACCUCGGCAUCGAUCGCAUCCACCGGCCUGGUCGAACAGACAUGCUCAUCACCGCUAGAUCUUCGAAAUAG